GAUUGUCGUGGGGUCGUGGGUCAUGUACCAAGGUUAAAAAACAAAACAAGUGUUCGAUUCCAGCAUAAUCACACCAUGGACGUCGACGACACCGACCUCAUGCUCCUCCUCUCCGAGCAACGCCGCGAACUCACGGCGGCCAUUUCCGCCGACUCCGACCUCGAUUUCGCCUUCCAACUCCAGAUGCAAGAAGCCAUUAACAUCUCCUCCACUUCUCACCCAUCAUCAUCAUCAUCAUCACAUCCACCACCUCUCCUCUUUCCUGAAGUCACCCAAUCCCCUUCCAACCUCGCCUCUCUUCUCGCCGAACAAAUCGACGACUUCUCCCGCCAAAUCCACGACCGGAAGCUAGUGGAAGCAGAAAACCGGACAAUGCAGGAGAAUCUGAACCGUCUAAUCCACGAUCAGGUGUUUGCUAGACAGGUGUUGAACAUGCCAGAGCAUGAAUGGAAAGAAAACGGUGAUUGGUUUGAAAAGCCGUACGGUUUGGUGCCGGAGUCGAAUGAGGAGGUGUUUAGGGUUUACUGUAAGGGUUUGGUGACGGAGGAGGAGACGGUUGCGAGUGGUGGGAAAAUGUUGUUUGGUGGGAUUGGUGUGGCGAUUUGUGAUGCGUGUGAUUGUUGUGUGUUUGAGUUGGGGAAAGCGGUGGUGGUUGAUGGUGGUGAUGUGGUGGAGGUUAAAGCGUUGAUUGAGGCGUUAACUGUUGCUGUUGAUCUUGGGUUGAAGAGGGUGCAUGUGUUCUGUGAUACCAAUGUGGUUUAUCAAUAUCUCACUGGCAAAGGGCAACCAACAGCCAACAAAACUAUGGCAUUAGUCGAUCAACUAAACCUUCUCCAAAGAAAAUUCGCUUAUUGCGGCCCAUUUCUCGUGACGCAAAACAAUAUCAAGUUCGCAUACAAACUAGCAAGAGACGCGAUCAAAUCCGAAGCCACAAAAUUCGCACAACGCAUCUCCGGCAGAACAUUACUCGAGCGGUGUAUAAUAUGUUUCGAGUCCAUCUACAGCGGUCAAAUGUUCUCCGUCGACAAAUGUCUACACCGAUACUGUUUUUCGUGCAUGCGAAAGCACGUAGAAGCAAAGCUGCUUCACGGAAAACUGCCCGAAUGUCCACAUGAGAACUGCAAGUCCAAUUUAGAAAUCGAAAGCUGCAAGAAGUUUUUAAAUCCAGAGUUGUACGAUAUUAUGAGUUUACGCGUAAAAGAAGCGUCUAUUCCUGUAACAGAUAAGGUUUACUGCCCGUUUUCUAACUGUUCGUUUUUAAUGUCGAAAACCGAGCUUCAAGAGCGUAGUUAUGCUUCAUCGUCCACUGCUGCUAGAGGAUCGGGAAGGAGAAACUGUGUUAAGUGUUACCGGUAUUUUUGUAUGAACUGCAAUGUACCUUGGCAUGAGAAUUAUACGUGCUCGGAUUACGUAAAGUGUUUCCCGUAUCGGUCUGCUAGUGAGGCGAAACUCAAGUCGCUUGCGACGAGGAAUCGGUGGCGUGAGUGUACUAUAUGUAAGAAUAUGGUUGAACUUGCUUCUGGGUGCUACCAUAUUUCUUGCAGAUGUGGGUAUGAGUUUUGUUACACGUGUGGAGCGCAGUGGAUUAACAAGAAACCGACAUGCAGGUGCCCAAUCUGGGAUGAGGCCAACAUCAUACACCGUGGGCAGAACAGGCGUUAGAUGAUCGGUCCCGUAACUUAACACGUUUGCAUGUGCUAUUUUGUUUGUGUGGAUUAAUAGUUGUGGAUGUUGAUUUUGGUACUGCUAUUUUGUUUGUGUGGUUACCACUAUGUUUACAUGUGCUACCUAUCAUUAAAGUGAAAAGUUACAUGCACCUUUUCUUGAACAAAUUGCAUGUCAUUUAUUU